AUGCUGACCGCCAAGAAUAUUAUCGAAAUGGAGGAGAGCAGUGAGUUGUGCUCUAUUUCAUUUCGGAAGAAAACAGCGGCAUGAGAAAUUGCUGCUAAAGUUUUUCCGUAAACUUGAAACAGAAAUUUCCAUUUGCCCGCCAAAAAAAAAACAAAAAUGUAUUAGGGUUUCAAGGUGUUCACACAAACGUUUGUUUGCAAACAUUGGAACGUUAAUAAAAACUCAUUUAUUCAAUUCGACCACCAAGGAAAAAAGAGAAAAAAAAAUAAAUUGACAGGAGAGGAGAGGGUCGUGUCAUUUUAAAACAGACUUGCCAAAUUACGGGCGGGGCCGAAAAUUUGCUGGCCCGGCCCGGUCGGCGCGGCUCAAAAGGCGCGAAUUCAAAUUUUUGGGGGAAAUCUAUUUUUUCGUUUUUUUUUUUGCGGGGAUCAAAAUUUAAAAAAAAACUACGACACUCCGACAUUACCAUUUUUUUUCUAUUUUUGACUAUUUUUGAAAACUACAUUUCUUUUUUAUGCUCGAUACUUGCAAAAUUCGUUAGUUCUACGAAAAACAAACAUUUUAUUUAAUCAAUAGUUCAAAAUUUGGAUUCCCGCUUUGGCCGGAGUUUUGAAAAUUUCGGCCCGGCCCGUGGCAACUCUGUUUUAAAAUUGCCUCUCUCUCGUUCCGCACAUUUCCGUUUCUCGAACCGCUUUUUCCUUCUCCACCAUUUUCGGUGCGAUUCAUUGUUUUUCGAUGGUGUUUGAAAAAGUUCUAAUGUUUCAUCGAGUUGUAAAAGUUUCAAAGUUUGCACUCGUUUUUCACUUGUAACAAUUUGACGUAUCCCACAAUGUUUUCAGUAAUCCACAAUCCGGAGCCUCGAAAACGAAGCGACACCCUUCAGGAUGGUGAGUAAUCUUUUUGUGUUUCCCCGCCUACACUUCAUCAACUCUGAGAGUUUAGUUCCAAAACGCAACCCACCCCGGGGGGAAUGCUAAUCAAGUGCUGCACGAUUCUAGACGUUUCCGUGAAUUCCCGCUCAUUUUCGCCCAGCUUCAUCGGAAAAUUCAACGUUUUUCGCUGUAGUUUGAAGCAUAAUUGAGGGGUGUGUGGGGAGUGGGCUUCGUCGGCGGGAUUACGAAAUAUUUCACACUUGCUCGUGUCUUUCUGGCCCUGAAAGGCCUACAUUUUCAGGUGAUUGAGAAACAAGUAUAAUUGUAGAUCAAAUGUCGUCGGAACACUCGUCCGACCCGAAUCCGGCGCUCGUUUCUCGACGCGGUAAGCAUCCAUUUCGAACAUUUUUAAUAGCGCUUUUUGUGUCUGUCUCUCUCUUAUCGCCUCAUUCAAACUCACAGGCGUGAAAACUGUUGCCUGCGCCGAGCGCAAAAAAUGCAGAAAAGAUUAGAUGGCCUAGGAUUUUCGAGGGAUUCUCCUAGGCCACGGCCAAAACUUUUGAGAUGUUUAGUGAAAAUAGUGAAUCUAUUUAGUUCGGCGUUUCAACUUUCGCCAACAAAUCAUGUCUUUGAAACAGUAACAACUUUUAUUCUCUCAUCAUUUGCAGCGUCCGUCCCCAUGGAGAUCAUAAUCGGAGAAAGUGAGUCUUGUUUUUGGGCGGGUGUUAUUAGGGGGAAAAACCGAAAAACAAAAACAAAGUCUGAUAUUCUUGGAAAUUUGCCGUUUUUGAAGUGCGCCAAUAGCAAAAACCCUCCUAAAAAUGUCUGAAAUAAGUCUGAAAAUCGGCGCAGACGGGAAGCCGAUCUUCACGGCCUCCUCCUCGUCGACUGUCGGCUCGCCGGUGCUCGCCGAGCGCAGAAAUGCGCCGAAAAAGGCUUCGGAGGUGCGGAGCAACUCGAAGAAGAGGAAUCCGUCGGUGAAGAAGAAGAAGACGUCGCCGGCGAAUGGAAAGACGACGAAGAAGACAACGGAGAAGGAGGUGAGCGCGAUUGUUUUCGUUGAAAAUUGCUGGGAAACACUAAAAUUACUUACAAUGGCUUUUGAAGAUAUCAUAACGAAUACUUAUUGAGAACACCGUCAAAAAUUAGAGUACAAUUUGAAACAGUUUUGAUUAUUCUGAUAACUUUCAGUUUCACAUCCUCUACUUUAAUACACUUCAUUUCUAUAGUUCAUUUUUCCCCGUGUCCAAAUGAGAUAGAUCACGCUCCAAUGCUCUUUAUAACGAGCUGAUCUAAUUAGGCUCUCCGCUUCUUCACUCCGAAACAGGGGUGUGCGGAAAAUAUUUCGAUUUUCCGAAAUUUUCCGAUUUUCCGAGAAAUUUUCCGAAAAUUUUCGGCAAAAUUUUCGGAAAAUUAGUGUGGAUUCAAGGUCAAUUUGUCCGAAACCACCGUAUGCUUUUUAAAGGGGAAAAAAAAUUCACAGCUUCCACGGAAAAUUUUUCUGUACUCCCGCAACGACUGCAGAAACGGAGCGACUCUUUUCAACCGCGCGUCUCAUUCUCACUGACAAUCGGAAAACACUGGACCCGGAGAGCUUCUCUCGGCUAAUUUUUUUGCAAAAAAAUAUUCCAUUGCUUGGCUUCCGCCCACUCAAGUGAUUUCAAAUCAUAAUAAGGCAUUUUUUUGUAUUAGAACGUUGUUUAAACACUUUAUUGAACCAAUGAACAAGUGAGUUUUCCGAUUUUUCCGAUUUUUCCGAAAUUUUCCGAAAAAAAAAAAUUCGGAAAAACCGAUUUUCCGAAAUUUUCCGAAAAAAAUUUUCCGCACACCCCUGCUCCGAAAUACUUUUGACGGAGACGAAACGAGUGAAUCGAAUGAGAAAAACGAAAAAGUCCAUAUGAAUUUUCCCCGUUUUACAGAGCCCCGAAGACUUGCUCUCAUGCAGCCUGGCGACGUGCUCCAUCGGCGUUCCGAUCGUCCGUUCGAAGCACAUCGAACAGUUGCCCGAGUACGAAACGGUCCGCACCGAGAAGAUUGUCACUGUCCGCGAUGCGAGCAUUCAGACCGACCUCUUCUGA